AUGAGCAGCUACCACUUACGAUAUGAGGACUUCACCGUGGGCUGGGUGACUGCCUUGCCCAUUGAACUCGCUGCUGCACGGAAGAUGCUCGAUGAAGAGUACGAAUACCACGAUGACUCUACCUAUACGCUGGGCCGGAUCGGAGAGCACAACGUCGCCAUAGCCUGCUUCCCCUCGGGACAGCUCGGCAUUGCAAAUGGGGCCACCGUCGCAGCCAGUCUGAAAGCUAAAUUCCCGGCUCUAGAAUUCUGCUUGAUGGUCGGCAUUGGCGGCGGGGUUCCGAGCCCAGAGAACGACAUUCGUCUUGGCGACGUGGUGGUCAGUCAACCCCAAGGAACAUACGGCGGAGUGGUCCAGUAUGAUCUGGGAAAAACCGUUUCUGGUGGACGACAGAUGCGCACCGGCUUCCUCAAUGCACCUCCUGCGGCGAUCCUCCGAACCGUUUCCCGGCUCCAAUCCAAUCAUGCGCUUGGCAAAGAAAACAUGUCCGAUUAUCUAUCCCAAUUCGACGGUACACAGUUCGAUCGCCAGACUGCAGGUUCAGAUGUACUUUUCCAAAGCUCGUACACCCACGAGGGGGGGCCCACUUGCGCGGAUUGUCCCCAGGAGUUUGCUGUCUCACGCGCACCGCGGACUGGAACUGCGGUCAAAAUCCACUACGGCACAAUCGCCUCUGGAAAUCAGGUCAUCAAGGACGCGACAACCAGAGUUCGGCUAAGCUCUGAGCUGGGUGGCGUUCUCUGUUUCGAGAUGGAAGCCGCCGGACUCAUGAACAAUCUACCCUGCCUUGUCAUCCGUGGAAUCUCGGACUACUCCGACUCGCACAAGAAUGCAAGCUGGCAGCCAUUUGCAGCAGCUGUGGCCGCGGCGUAUGCAAGAGAGAUCCUAGUUUUACACCCCGCAAGUUCUGGUCUCCAGCGGCGAAGAACUAUCUUGGAUUGGAUAGCACCUCUAGAACAGGAGCAAAGACAUGCGUUCGUGACUUCGCUUCGUGUUAAGGGCACUGGCGGUUGGCUACUAGAACAUCCGGAGUAUACUAAGUGGCGCGACAACCCGGCAAGUCCUCAUGUUCUUUGGUGCCACGGCAUGGGUGGUGCUGGAAAGACAGUCCUCUUUUCUAACCUAAUCGAUGUACUAAGACAUCGGUCCGCUGGCCCAAGGAAACCCGUGAUCUUCUAUUACUUCGACUAUGAGGAUCAAUCUCGCCAGACAAUGAGUCUUUUCCUCAGGAGCCUUCUAAGGCAGCUUUUAGACCACAUCCCGAACAUACCAAGAAAGCUAGUCGACGCUUAUACAGUUGGGAGCUUACUUUCGGUAACUGCUCUUGAGCAGAUAAUAUCAGAGAUCAUACAGACUUUGCCCCGCUUGUACAUUUUGAUUGAUGCCCUCGACGAGUGCGUCGACCCAUGUUUACGAAAGACUAUUGCUAGGUUUUUGGAAAAUGCGGCACGUACGUCCAGUGUUCGACUCCUCCUCACAAGUCGUCCGCACGUCCAGGAGAUUCCUGUGGUGUUCCCUUGCUGUUUGGAAAUUCCAGUGCGCGGAUCCGAGAAGGACAUCAAAGCAUAUAUAUCCCACGAAAUAAGCCAAGCUGGAAACAUUGAUGUGGUAGACGCAAGGUUCGCUGAAGAGAUUACCAAUACGAUCCUACGCCAAGCAGACGGGAUGACGGAAAUAAUCCGUCUGUCUCACUACGCCGUUAAUGAAUACCUAAUCAAGAAUGGCCCCGAGCUGUUCGGGGACGCAGAGGCCAGCAUUUCCGCCCUAUGCCUGACCUACCUACUCCUCGAACCCUUCGUUCAAGGGCCCCGCAAAAAGAGCGCCCGCAUCAGAGCCCUUAUAUAUUCCCAACCUUUCAUAUCGUAUGCAGCUAAACACUGGGGGGAUCAUGUACGCAUGUGUGAAAGUAAUCCCAUGGUCUGGAAUCUGACUUUUCGGUUCCUUAAUAAUCAACAAGCAGCAGCCUGUGCACACCAGAUCCUGCAGUUCAACCGGGGCUAUAGAAAGAUCUACUGGACUGCGGCCGAGUCCAACAGCGUGAAUGCCCUCCACAUAGCCACCAACUUCGGACUGGAAAGAGUUGUUGACCACCUCCUCUCUCGCAGAGCAUUUAACAUCAACGCCGCAACAACAAUCGGCACAACCGCACUCAUUAUAGCAGCCUCUAAUGGACAUGGCCGCAUCACUCGAGCUCUAUUGCGAAAAGGCGCCAACCCGAGGCUUGAAAACUGGUACGGCAACGCCCUCCACUGCGCGGCCGAGGACGGCCACAGCAACACAAUCCGCCUGCUAGUUCUGAGUGGAAUGAGCCCCAACGUCCCCAAGGAGUCUGGCCGGUACCCUAUUGAGUGCACGUUGGAUGGCGACCAUGCGGACGCCUUUGAGACUCUCCUCAACCUUGGCGCUAAGAUUAAAGAGCGGACAGGCGACAUGCCGCUGCUUAUCAAGGCUAUCACCGCAGAGUGCGUUGAUAUUGUUGAUGUCAUGCUCAAGCGAGGCCUGGUGGAUGUUAAUCAAGAACUCUAUGACGGCACUACCUCGGUACAUGUGGCGGCUGGUUUAGACAACACUGCUAUUCUGGAUAACUUGAUCAAGCACGGCGCUCGUAUUGAUGUUUUGGAUAACGAGUGGCUGUCUCCCCUUGACCAUGCAUUGGCGCGAGGGAGUGACAAGGCUGCGAAGUUACUUCGAAGUUACGGCGCGAAGAGAAAUAUAGAUUGA